CCUCAUGUCUCUAGAGAUCCUCUGCUUCGACGGGGGGAGUUCGUGUCGUCGGAAGUCCCCACUCCCAAACUGCCAUGGCGGCCUGCUAUUGUUACUCUGGCAGAGACCUCCCCAUACACGGGCCUUCGCCCUUCCUCGGACACAUCCCUCGCUCUCUCGGAAAAUGCCAUUCUAGACAAAGUUUCCAAAGCUCGGCUCCUUCAUCUAAAAUUAGUGCAAUCUUUUGGGGGCCUAGGAAGACUCUCGAGCCGCAUGAAAUGGAUGUUUCCCUUGAGCCAUUUACUUUGACUGGGUCAGCCCUAGAGGAACUCUCAUCCAAUGAGAUAAAGCAUCAGAAAAUAUCCCUUUCAGUGGUUUCAUCAAUUUCCGAGAUCUCGUCAAAGGACUGGGAUGCAUGUGUAAUGGAUGCAGCCGGCCUUGAAAAACUGAAUCCAUUUCUUACCCAUGGUUUUCUUUCAAGCUUAGAGGAAACUGGAUGUGCCGUGAAGGAAACAGGAUGGGUGCCUCGGCAUCUUAUUGCCCAGGAUGAAUACGAAAAUAUCGUAGGUGUUGUUCCACUUUAUCUUAAAAGUCACUCGUAUGGAGAAUUCGUCUUUGACUAUUCUUGGGCUGAUGCCUACUACAGCUACGGCGCUCAAUAUUAUCCAAAGUUGCAAUGUUGUGUUCCUUUUACUCCAGUAACAGGUCACAGGAUAUUAGUCCGGAACACUUGGUAUCGGGAUCAAGUCUUUGACAAGUUAGUAUCAGCAAUGAAGGAUCUUACUGCUGAGUUCCAGGUCUCAUCAUUGCAUGUGACCUUUCCAUCUGAAAAUGAGUGGCACAAAAUGAAGGAAAAUGGAUUUCUGCAGAGAAUAGGCAUGCAAUACCAUUGGAAAAAUCGUAAUUAUAAGAAUUUUGAUGAAUUCUUGAUGGAUAUGAGGCAAAGCAAACGGAAAAAUGUUCGUCAAGAGCGGAAAAAGAUUUCAACUCAAAAUUUAACAAUGAAACGCCUCCGUGGAGAUGAAAUAAAGGCUAAGCAUUGGGAUUCCUUCUACAAGUUCUAUCGGAACACAACAGAUAACAAGUGGGGUAGAGCUUUCUUGACAAGGGACUUCUUUCACAACAUGGGAUCAAAGAUGGGAGAUCGUGUGCUGCUUGUAGUCGCUGAAGAUGGGGACGAACUCGUUGCAGGAGCUCUUAAUCUUAUUGGUGGAGAUACUCUUUAUGGGCGCUUGUGGGGAUGUCUCCCGGAAGCCUAUUAUCCAAGUUUGCAUUUUGAAGCAUGUUAUUACCAGGCAAUAGAAGCAGCUAUUGAAUUAAACCUAAAUAAAGUAGAGGCUGGAGCUCAAGGAGAGCACAAAAUUCAGAGGGGUUAUCUGCCGGUGACAACAUACAGCUGCCACUACAUUCAAGACAAUGCUUUUAGAAAAGCCAUAGAGGAAUUUCUAGUGCGUGAGACUGAUCAGGUUAAGCAUGUUAUAAAGUUACUGCAUGAUUCUGGACCAUUUAAGGAAGGCAUACAAUAAGGAAAGAUCAUUGUUACCUUUCAGAGCUUGUAUAUAGGAGUAAGUUUUAUGAAAUGGGGUCGUGCUAUUUAUGCAAAAAUGCAAUUUUAUGUGCAUAUAUAUUCAAGAAUUUCCUGACCUUUCUACAUUUCAUGAAGCAACUGAAAUUAUUUCAAAAAUCAAAAGAAUCGCUGAAUCAUUUAUAAAUUGUGCGGGAAAUUUCUUUUGUCAAGAUAUGAUUGAUACAGAGUAUAGUCACGCAAUCAGGACAUGCACGUGACGUGAGUAAAAUCCAAACUUCCCAAAUUGUGGGACCCACUUUAGAUGAGGUAUGGGCCCCAAGAUCAAAUUGAUUAGAACAUUUAUCUGUUGAAAUCAGAUCUUUAGACUAUUUUUCAUUUUAUCUGCUGAGGUUUAUCAAUGUGGCCACCUAGGUUUGUGCAUUCAGCACGAUUCUUGGAUUAUGACCCAUCUGUAGCGGGGCCAUGGUUCAAAUGGGUUCAAUUCAAGAUGCAUGUUGCCGUGCUACUUUUCUUGUGUGCAUGCGUAUGGAUCAUCAUAGUCUACCAGAGUAUUGAAGCUUCCCUUCUUCUUUCCUGAAGAAAUUCAAUGGGCACAACACCAGUAGAGAGACAAUUCUGUUUUCUUCUGAAUUGGAAGUCUGAUAGAUAUUUCGUUUGAUUAUGUGGAUUCCACACAAUCAUCAUUAGCCUUAACAUGGAUGACAUUUCUCUGGCACAUGAUUUGAGAAGACCGUUGUCUUGAUGAAUAUAGGAUUUCCACUCUUGAAUCAGAUGUACCAGUCUUUCUGGAAUCUGCUGUCAAGUAGUGUCCGAAGAGGUACUAAUUGAAUAAUUGCGUCUAUGUUUUCUUUUCUU